UCAGCUGUUUCUCAAAAUAAAAACUGAAAUAGAAAGACGUCACUAAUCGAUUUCCUCCACACAAAACAGAAAAGUUGCAAUCGGACGAAAAAGUGUAAAUAACAGUGAAACGAAAAUCAAGCCAAAACUUUGUAACACUUGCAGACCAGGUAACGGGCACGGUAAGAUGACCAAUCCACAAUGAGUGACCAUAAUCCGCCGGGCCGAGGUAUCAGUAGUAACUCCAUCAGCAAACGUCCCCGUCUGCUAUCGUUCCAAGGUCCAAGCUCGGAGUCUGCCACCGUGGAACGCCCUCCAAUGGCGGCCGGGCCAUCAUCCAGUUCGCUGGAGGAAAUCAAUGUGAGACAGCCGGCUUUGGCCGCACCAGAUCUGGCCAGUUGGCAGGAAGCACAGAUUGCUGCCUGCAUCGAAGAUAACACCAUUAACAUGGUGCUAGAACAGUAUCUGAGUUUUUUUGAAGCCCGUCAUAACGGCGUAGAAGCCGAGAUGAUGGCCCGUGCGGAGGUUGCCGAGAUGGAACACCAGCAGGAGGUGUUAAUAGAAGAUCGUGCAAUCAUGGCCGCUAUCAACGAGCGCGGUUUGCAGCCAGUACAAGUUGAUGUCGAUGGGGAUUCUGCUGAGGGUGACAACGACGAAAAUGCCGUCCCGGGUGUUGUACCAGCAGUAGCAGUUGAUCUUCGAGAAGACAUUGCAAACGACGAGGGUCUAGAGUUACUUGAGUCAGCUGUUGUCGCGGCAAUCCAGGAAAAGGGUUUGGCAAGCACCGCACGCAAUCAGAGUGGAGCAUUGGAGGAUGGAACUGCCGGAAGCUAGUGCAUUCGUUGCAAACAUGCAUGGACUUUUUCAUCAAUAUUUAGCGUUCAGUCAUGUGUUAGGAUGUAGAUUCAAUAUGAAAGCAUUAGCCUGUAAGCUCAUCCGUAGGGACAAUGGAAAAGCGCGACCCGCGAAAACGAUGAAAAACAGUAACAUUCUAUGUUAAUCAUUUGAUUUUGCCAGCUUUGAUGUUUCUUCGAGUGGUUCUUAAAAAAUUUAGGAUGAACUGACAUCGUACAAGUAAAGGCUCAUAAUGACGCUUUCUUCAUACAAAAUAAGAGGCAUGAUCGUGAUCGCGCCUUCCAAUUUGUAUCGAGAAGGCGCCACUACGGCGUGUGUGUUUUUGGGCCUUAAGCGUUUGUAAACUCUUUCUGUUCUGCUACCCGCGAAUUGUUUUGUCGCGAAUUACCACUGUCUCUACUCAUCCGGUAAGGGGGAUUAUCUCUUAUUGGAUCACAAUAAAACUUUUUUUUUAUUUUAUCCUGAGAAAUAAACGAAUAAUAACGUACUAAGAGCAAUAAAGUUGUUUGCAGUAAAAGA